UUCGGUACGUGUCAGAGAGCAGCUCUCCCGUCUCUCAUUUUCUUCGUUUUUCUAGAAUUUUGAGUUGCUGUAUUUCGUUUCCGAACGAGAUAUGGUCAAGGCGAGUGAUAUCGGCUGUGAGAACCGGUUGUGUAGCGCGUUGAACGUAAAACAUUUGCUCGUUUCGUGUCGUUUUCCACACGUUGCUGGAGUGCCAGUUGCCCGGAAAAGUUGCAACGCCAGUGACUGCCAACCAUCCAAAUUGUGUUCCACGUAUUUCAAACGAACUGAAAUGCGUCUCUUGAAUUUGAAAUCUGGGUUCCUACGACGAAGGAUGCCAGAUUCACCUUUGUCUGUGAGGCCACAACCGGAGGAAGCGCAAAAGUGGUCGGAAUCCUUCACUGCUCUUAUGGCAUCCAAAUAUGGAUCUUCUCUUUAUCACGCGUUUUUGCUUCGAGAAUUCAGCAACGAGAAUCUGGAAUUUUGGCUAGCCGUUGAAGAUUACAAGAAUUCUAAGCCCCAAAAGAUGGCUGCUAAGGCUCAACAGAUUUACAAUGACUUUGUCGCUGUCCAGGCUGCUAAGGAGAUAAAUCUUGAUGCGGAGACAAGACUUAUCACGCUGAACAACGUCCAAUCGAAUAAUCCGGACGAACACGCGUUUGAUCGAGCCCAGAAGCGAGUCCAGCACAUGAUGGAACGCGAUUCUUACCUGCGUUUCCUCCAGUCGAAUCUCUUUCUUGAACUAGCCCACCCGGAGCGAUAUUCGGAGUCCAUCGGUGACGUAACAGAAAAGUCUUCGCCAGCGUGAUGAUAAUACACAAAAAAAAAAAAAAACAUAAUCGCAAUACGGCCUACUCUUGGGUUACAUCGCCCACCCUCCCAGAAAAACCUUUCCAAGUUUGUGCGGGACGUUGAUGUAGACCGUUCUAAAAAGUUCUCUUGUCACAUUUUUCCUCCUAUAUUUAAGUAAAAAAAGAAAAAGGGAUUUCGUACAAUGUAACCUAGAUCUCUUUUAUGUUUGUUCUAGUCCCAUAAACUUUGAUUUUUUGUUUUCUCGUCUCCAUGAACUUUG